AUGAGUUUUACCGACCAAGAUUACCGAGUAUUAAAAACACGCUAUGAAGCAGUUGUUCAUGGCCAUGUAUUUGCAUUUUUCAAAGAGCUGACACCUAGCCAGCAAGAGAUUUUCUACAGUCAAUUAGCAUCAAUUCAGGUGGAGCAGGUGUCUAGAAUCGCACAAGACAUUCUGACCAUGGGUCACGAUAACAAGGUCACCCAGGACCCUGCAAAGGUCGAUCUCAAGCCUUUGCGAUCCCAUGCCAUUGAUUUCCUGGCUUCUGACACCAAAGAGAAACUGGAGACCUGGAGACCUGGAGAGAUCUUGGGUUGCAAUUGA